UUUCUGACAGUACUUGACAGCAAGUACACCCCAGUGUGUCGCAGAACACUGACAUCAAAAACAGAGAACCUCACUGAAGAAAGACGAUCAAAAUUAAAAACUCAAUUGAGCCACACUGACCAUGUUUCAGUGACUGUCGACAUUUGGUCUGACCGAAAGAUGAGGGGAUUCCUCGGUGUCACUGUGCACUGGAUGGACAAAGAGGCAGAGAGGAUAGAGCUCAAGUCCAAUCUCUUGGCUUGUGAGCGCUUCAAAGGCUCACAUACAGCUGAACGAAUCUGUGACAAAUUUGAGGCUAUAUGUGAUGAAUACAACAUUAAAGCUAAACUGGACUACAUUAUUAGUGACAAUGCUGCUAACAUGCGAAAAGCAUUCACUGUGUGCUUCCCCAGUGAACAAGAGGAUGACGAUGAUGGAGAUCAUCUGGAUGACCCUGAGCUCUGGUGUGAUUUAACCGUGGAAGAUCAGCAAACGGUAGAUGUUGCUAUGGCAAAGAAAAAGCGCUUGCAGUGUUUUGCACACACUCUUCAGCUGGUGGUGGGAGAUGGUUUGAAAGAAACAAAAGUGGUAUCUCCUUCUCUUUCGAAGUUAUCUAAACUCAGCUCACUGCUGCACACAAGCACAACAUUCAAAGAUGUGUUUGAUGCUGAAUUUGGGGAACAGAAAGGCAUCCCUGCUGCAGUCAACACAAGAUGGAACUCAACACUGAGGCAAGCGAAGGCUGUUCUCCAGUGCAAUCAUGUAAGGCUCUGUGCUGUUCUAGAAAAGGCUGGGCACAGGGAGUUGUCAUUCACAGCACGGGAGUGGAAUCUGUUGAAAGAUUUGGUGAACAUCUUGAAGCCAUUUGGAGAAGCAACUGAUUUGACACAGGGGGAGAAGGUCACCACAAUCAGUGCUGUUGUUCCAUCCAUCUUGUCCCUCAACCACCACCUUGAGAAACUGAAGCCUCAGGUCUGUUUUCUGAGCGGCCUGGUCAGAAGUCUCCAGACAUCCCUGAACAAAAGAUUUCUUGGAAUCUUCAUCAAUGUGAAAAUGGCCAGGACACAAGAUGGGAUCACUGCUCCCUUUUCAGAUCCAGUCUACCUCAAAGCAGCUGUCUUGGAUCCAGCCUUUUCUCUGUUGUGGGUGGAGCCCCAUGUGCUGGUCAGUCGUGACGUCAAGGCAGAGGUGGCACAACAGGUUAAAGAAUUGAUCCUGCAAGAUGCUGCAGAGACUGAGCAACCUGCGCCUCUUGUUGAUGAAAAAGAGCAAGGGGACCUUGGAGAAGGAGAAGGGCUGUUUGCUGCUUACCACAAGAGACAGAAGAAGGAUGUUGGGACUACUCCAGCACUACAGCUAAGUCACUACCUUGACAUAGCUGAAGGACAGAAUGCCCUUUUGUUCUGGGCAUUGAACAUGAAGACUCUUCCUUCACUGUUCCGAGUGGCCAUGAGAGUCUUGGCAGUGCCUGCCUCCAGUGCUCCAGUGGAGCGAGUUUUCAGCCAUGGUGGCAUCAUACUACGCCCCCAUCGUGCACAAAUGACUGACAGACUCUUGGCCAAUUUGGUCUUUUGCAAAUGCAAUGCAGCAUGUGGCCCUGACAUAUAA